AUGGGGUCUGGCCAAUUCUCAUUUCUGCUCUUUCUCUGUUUGCUUUCUUUUUCUUCAUCCAUACCUCAUCCAUGCCGCAAAGAUCAAAGUAUUUCCCUUCUAAAAUUCAAGAAAACGUUUACUGUAAAUUCCACAGCCUCUGAUUCUAAUGUCUGUGAAAUAUUUUAUGGUCAGAAGCCAUAUCCAAAAACGAGUUCAUGGAACAUGAGUAUAGAUUGUUGUUCAUGGGAUGGAGUCAUAUGUGAUGAGAUGACUGGCCAUGUCAUUGAACUUGACCUCGGCUGCAGCUGUCUCGUAGGAAAGCUUGAUUCCAAUAGCAGCCUUUUCCAACUCUCUCAUCUCCAAAGGCUCAACCUUUCUGUUAAUAACUUCUCUCGUGUGGAUUCAAUUCCUCUUCAGUCUCUAGAUACUAUUGAUUUGCGGUCCAAUUUGCUUCAAGGUUCACUACCUAUUCCACCAAUUUCCACGAGAUUCUUCCUCAUAGCCCAUAAUAAUCUCACUGAAGAAAUUCCUUCACAUAUUUGCAAUUUGAAAUCAUUGGUAAUGCUAGAUUUGGCGAGAAACAACUUGAAGGGAGCAAUUCCGCAAUGUUUGGGUAAUAUCAGAAGCCUCAAAAUUCUAGAUAUGCACAACAACAAACUUUCUGGGACUCUUCCAACAACUUUCAGCAAUGGAAGUUCACUUAGAAAACUCAACUUGCGUGGAAAUAAACUAGAGGGGAAAAUUCCCCGAUCUUUGGCCAAUUGCAAAGUGUUGCAAGUUCUUGAUCUAGGAGAUAAUCAUAUCAUUGACACAUUCCCUAUGUGGGUUGGAACUCUUCCAAAGCUUCAUGUUUUAAGCUUGAGAUUGAAUAAGUUGCAUGGACCCAUUAGAACUUUAAAAAAUGAAAACAUGUUUCCUGAUCUUCGAAUUAUAGAUCUCUCUUACAAUGCCUUCACAGGAAAUUUACCUACGAGUCUGUUUCGACAUCUGAAAACCAUGAGAACAAUUGAUCCAUCAAAGAAGAAACUAACAUACCUUGAAGACUAUUAUUACCAAGAUUCUAUUAUAGUCAUAAGCAAGGGAUAUGAGAUUGAACUUAUCAAAAUUUUGACUGUUUACGCCUCUAUUGAUCUUUCAAGUAACAAAUUUGAAGGACAUAUUCCAAGUAUCAUGGGAGAACUUACUGCACUUAAGGCGCUGAAUUUCUCUCAUAAUAGAUUGCAAGGACGUAUACCAUCAUCACUUGGAAAUUUAUCUUUGGUUGGAUCAUUGGACUUAUCAGUUAACCAGCUUUCGGGAGAGAUACCAAAACAACUUGCUUCUCUUAAGUAUCUUGAAUACUUCUUCACAUCAGAAAAUAAUCUCACUGAAGAAAUUCCUUCAUCUAUUUGCAAUUUGACAUCACUGGUAAUACUAGAUUUGGCGAGAAACAAUUUGAAGGGAGUAAUUCCUCAAUGUUUGGGUAAUAUUACUGGCCUCGUGGUUCUUGAUAUGCACAACAACAAUCUUUCUGGGACUCUUCCAACAAUUUUCAGCAAUGGGAGAUCACUGAGGAGCCUCAACUUGCAUGGCAAUAAACUAGAGGGGAAUAUUCCCCGAUCUUUGUCCAAUUGCAAAGCGUUGCAGGUUCUUGAUUUAGGACAUAAUCAUCUCAACGACACAUUCCCCAUGUGGUUGGGAACUCUUCCAGAUCUACAAGUUCUAAGCUUGAGAUCCAAUAAAUUGUAUGGGUCCAUUCCACCGUCAAGUGUUGGAAGUAUGUUUCCUAAGCUUCGAAUCAUAGAUCUCUCUUACAAUGCCUUCUCAGGAAACCUACCUACGAGUUUGUUUCAACAUCUGAAAACCAUGAGGACAAUUGAUCCAUCCAAGACGGCACUAAUUGAUGGUUAUUAUUACCAAGACUCAGUAGUUGUAGUUACAAAGGGAUUGGAGCUUGAAGUUGAGAGAAUCUUGUUUUUGUACACCACUAUGGAUCUUUCAAACAACAAUUUUGAAGGACAUAUUCCUGAUGUUAUAGGAGAUCUCAUUGCGCUUCGGAUGCUUAAUUUUUCUCAUAACAGAUUGCAAGGUCAUAUUCCAUCAUCACUUGGAAAUUUAUUUGUAGUCGAAUCAUUGAACCUUUCAUUUAACCAGCUUUCGGGAGAGAUACCACAACAACUCGCUUCUCUUACAUCUCUUGCGGUCUUAAAUCUCUCCCACAAUCAUCUACAAGGAUGCAUCCCAAAAGGACCUCAAUUCAAUACAUUUGAGAUCAAUUCAUAUGAAGGUAACGAUGGAUUAUGUGGAUACCCUUUUCCUCAAGGUUGUGGAAGUAGCAGGAUGCCAGAGACAGAAAACACAGCAUAUGUUCUGGAUGAAGAAAGCAAUUCUACAUUUCUGAGUGAAUUUUGGAAUGGGAUUCUCAUGGGAUAUGGAAGUGGACUUAUUAUUGGAUUCUCCAUAGCAUCUUUCAUGCUUUCGAGUCGAAAUUCCAAUUGGCUUUCUAGGAUUGCUGAAGAACUUGAAUACAGAAUCGUUAUGAGAAGGCGAAAGAAGAAGCAAGGCCAUCACAGAAGAUGA